CUUUUUGGACUCCGAUGAGGAAGGUUUCACGAGAUGUCUGUGUUUAGAGUGCCCUUUUUGCUAAUCAAUAAUUGUUUCCGAAAUGAUCUAAGGACUAUAUGCACAUCAAAUCAAGUUUUUAGAGACUAUCGCAAAAAUAAGCGAUAUAACAUAGUAGUCAAAGAAAAUACGGUUCCUCAAGAGAAAUCGUUCGACAUUGAGCCUGCCUGGAUCAAGAAAUGUGAUUUUCCGGACGAGAAAACAAAUGAUACUCUUUUCAAUGGAGUUAAAUUUUCUGAUGUGCCAAUUGUUUACAUUAGGGUGUCAAAGAAUAAUACCAUUUUCCAACUUGGAGAUGGAAAAGGACAUGCCAUGGAAUUAAGAUCUUGUGGUAUGGAAGGUUUCAAGAACACUAAAAAAGGGACAAAUAUCGCAGCACAAGCAACUGCAAUCUCAUUCACUACGAGAAUUCGUCGUAAAGGCUUCACCCAGGCUCGUGUUUCCAUUCAUGGUUUAGGUCCAGGUAGAAUGGCAUCUAUCAAAGGUCUUGAAAUGGGUGGACUAAAUAUAAUAUCAAUUACAGAUACAACUCCUGUUAUUCAUGGUGGUCCUCGGCCACGAAAAGCAAGAAGAGUGUAAUUUCAUGUUGUGUGUUAAAAUCAUUUGAAAAUCAUACUAGAGCUUAAUAAAAAUUUUUCUAAAAAAAUAGAAU